GAGAUCAAACAUUUAGUAGUCGAUUACCUUAGAGUUACGCUCUUUUACUGUCUUCAAAGCGCAGAAUAUGUAUAAAAUGAGAGCACUGCUCGGUGACUGAAUAUUCAUCAGCAUGCUGCGAGCCUUUGCUUGUUUCUUGGCUUUCCAUUGGUGGAUGUCAUGUGCAUUAUGCUGUCUACCAAUGAGAGGCCAAGAGACGCUAGCAGCCUGCUUCCAUAAAUCCUGACAAAAACACGUACAGAUACCAAGUGGUGCCGGUAGGAAUAGGCAAGGCCGGGCCGUAAAGAGUCCGAAAGCCGAAAGGUGAAGAGGCUACAGAGAUUGGUUACCGAGCACGUCUCAGCGGUGUGCUGCCAAGAUGCCGGUGGCCGAGCCGGCGCCGCUGCUGUUCGGGGAUGACGACCUUCCGUACGAGGAGGAGAUCCUCCGCAACCCCUACUCGGUCAAACACUGGCUGCGCUACAUCGAGCACAAGAAGGAGGCCCCGCGGGAGGCCGUCAACAUGCUCUACGAGAGGGCGCUGCGCGAGCUACCCGGCAGCUACAAGCUGUGGCACAGCUACCUGCGCCUGCGGCGACGCCAGCUCAAGAACCGCUGCAUCACCGACCCGGCCUUCGACGACGUCAACAGUGCGUUCGAGCGCGCGCUGGUGUUCAUGCACAAGAUGCCGCGCAUCUGGCUGGACUACUGCCAGCUGCUGAUCGACCAGCAGAAGAUCACGCGCACGCGGCGCGUGUUCGACCGGGCGCUGCGCGCACUGCCCAUCACUCAGCACCACCGGCUGUGGCCGCUCUACAUCGAGUUCGUCAAGCGGCACGACAUCCCCGAGACGGCGGUACGCGUGUUCCGCCGCUACCUGAAGCUCUGCCCGGAGAAGGUGGAGGAGUUUAUCGACUAUCUGCGCUCCAUUGACCGGCUGGACGAGGCCGCCGUCCGGCUGGCCGGCAUCGUCAACGAGGAGCACUUUGUGUCGCAGCAGGGCAUGUCCAACCACCAGCUGUGGAACGAGCUGUGCGAGCUCAUCAGCAAGAACCCGCACAAGGUGACCUCGCUGGACGUGAACGCCAUCAUCCGCGGCGGCCUGCGCCGCUACACAGACCAGCUGGGUCAGCUGUGGAGCUCGCUGGCCGACUACUACAUACGCAGCGCGCUCUUCGACCGGGCGCGAGACAUCUACGAGGAGGCCAUCCAGACGGUGACCACGGUCCGAGACUUCACCCAGGUGUUCGACGCCUACGCCCAGUUCGAGGAGCUCAGCCUCAAUAAGCGCAUGGAGCAGGUGGCCGCCAAGGCGACGCCCUCCGAGGAGGAUGACAUUGAGCUGGAGCUGCGGCUGGCGCGCUUCGAGGAGCUGAUCCAGCGGCGGCCGCUGCUGCUCAACUCGGUCCUGCUGCGACAGAACCCGCACAAUGUGCUCGAGUGGCACAAGCGCGUGGAACUGUUCGCCGGCAAGCCGCGGGAGAUCAUCAACACGUACACGGAGGCGGUGCAGACGGUGGACCCCAAGCUGGCCACCGGCAAGCUGCACACUCUCUGGGUGGCCUUCGCCAAGUUCUACGAGGAGAACGACCAGCUGGACGACGCGCGCGUGGUGUUCGAGAAGGGCUGCCAGGUGGGCUACACGCGCGUCGACGACCUGGCCGCCGUGUGGUGCGAGUGGGCCGAAAUGGAGAUCCGGCACGAGGAGUUUGAGCGCGCCCUGCAGCUGAUGCAGCGCGCCGUGGCGCCGCCGCCGCACAAGGUCGCCUACCACGACCAGUCCGAGACGGUGCAGAUGCGCGUCCACAAGUCGCUCAAGCUGUGGUCCAUGUACGCCGAUCUCGAGGAGAGCUUCGGCACGUUCAAGACCUGCAAAGCCGUCUACGAUCGCAUCAUCGAGCUGAAGAUCGCCACGCCGCGUAUAAUCAUCAACUAUGGCCUCUUCCUGGAGGAGAGCAACUACUUUGAGGAGGCGUUCAAGGCCUACGAGAAGGGCAUCGGCCUGUUCAAAUGGCCGUACGUGUACGACAUCUGGAACACGUACCUGACCAAGUUCGUGGGCCGCUACGGCGGCACCAAGCUGGAGCGGGCGCGCGACCUGUUCGAGCAGUGUCUGGAGCACUGUCCGGAGCAGUUCGCCAAGGCGCUCUACAUGCUGUACGCCAAGCUGGAGGAGGAGCACGGCCUGGCGCGACACGCCAUGGCCGUCUACGACCGGGCCACGGCCGCCGUGCCGCAAAACGAGAAGAAGGAGAUGUUCGACAUCUACACGCGCAAGGCGGCCGAGAUCUACGGCGUGACGCGCACGCGCGAAAUCUACGAGAAGGCCAUCGAGCAGCUGCGCGACGACGAGGCGCGCGACAUGUGUAUGCGCUUCGCCGAGCUGGAGCGCCGGCUGGGUGAGAUCGACCGGGCGCGCGCCAUCUACGCGCACUGCAGCCAGAUGUGCGACCCGCGCACCACCGCCCAGUUCUGGAGCACCUGGCGCGAGUUCGAGGUGGCGCACGGGAACGAGGACACCAUGCGUGAGAUGCUGCGGAUCAAGCGCUCCGUGCAGGCCACCUACAACACUCAGGUGAACAUGAUGUCCGCGGCGAUGCUGGCGUCCGCCUCCUCCAUGUCUGGCACCAUCUCAGACCUGGCGCCCGGACUCAACGACGGCAUGCGCAUGCUGGAGGCGCGCGCCGCGCAAAAGACGGCCGACCGGCCGGCCGCCGCCGCCGCCGCCGCCGGCGCCGGUCAGAUCCUGUUUGUGCGCGGCUCUGGCUCCGAGCAGGAGACAGCCGUGGCCGAGGGCGGCCGCGUGGCCAACCCGGCAGAGAUCCAGCUGGACGACGACGACGAUGAAGAGGAGGGAGAGGGAGCGGAGGAGGAGGAGGAGGUGGCGCAGCAGGCCGUGCCGGCGCAGGUGUUCGGCAGCCUGGCCAGGAAGCAGGAGGAGCAGGAGGACUGAGCGGUCACGGCGGGGGCGCACAGCACCCCAGCGAGGGCAGGGACUGACCGGUCGCGGUGGGGGCGCACAGCCGCCCGGCGAGGGGCGGGACUGACCGGUCGCGGCGGGGGCGCACAGCAGCCCGGCGAGGGGCGGGACUGACCGGGCACGGCGGGGGCGCACAGCGGCCCGGCGAGGGGCGGGACUGACCGGUCGCGGCGAGGGCGCAGACAGGAACCCAUAGUGAAGACAGCCCGGGCGUCUACAAUGAGAGCGAACCACCAGGUACUGUUUUGCUUUCCUUUAUCGGCUGGCUGGUGUGACGAUUGGUCAUUGAUGGAGAGUGGAGAUGGUCCGAAUUUAUAUUUAAUAUACAAAUAUGCAUCACA